GCGCUUGCACAGGGCAGCGCCCGCGCGGGUUCCUGUAAAGGCAAACAGAAACCGGCGGCGGCGGCGGGAGGUGUCUGCCCCGGGUGACGUUUAGAAAAACGGACAGUAAUGGAGUAUAUGAGCACUGACAGUGACAAUAAAGAGGAGAUUGACUUGCUGCUAGCACACUUAAAUAUGUCUGAAGUGAUAGACAUUAUGGAAAACCUUUAUCCAAAUGGAGACCUGGCUGUUUAUGAUGACAGUCUAAUUACCAUGUGCCAAGAAACAAAUGAAAAUGAGGAAUGUGCUGAAUCCUUAUUGUUCUGUAAAAGAGAAGUUUCUUUGCUGUCAAAUGUCAGAUAUGGGACUGUGGAAGACUUGCUUGCUUUUUCAAAUCAGGUGUCAAACACUGCAAAGCAAUUUAAAGGACACAGGCGGCAAGAAUCUGGAAUCCUAUUACAUACGAUCACUCCAAAGAAUGGGCGUUAUCAAAUCGAAUCAGAUGUGCUCUUGUUUCCAUGGAAGCUGACCUAUAGGAAUAUUGGUUCUGAUUUUGUUCCUCGUGGAGCUUUUGGGAAAGUGUACUUGGCACAAGACAGAGAGACAAAAAAGCGGAUGGCAUGCAAGCUGGUCCCACUGGAACAGUUCAAACCAUCAGAUGUUGAAAUCCAGGCCCGGUUCCGUCAUGAGAACAUCGCUGAGCUGUAUGGUGCUAUCCUGUGGGAUGAGACUGUCCAUCUCUUUAUGGAGGCAGGAGAAGGAGGAUCUGUCAUGGAAAAGCUGGAGGGCUGUGGGCGCAUGAGAGAAUUUGAGAUCAUUUGGGUGACAAAGCAUAUCCUGAAAGGACUUGACUUUCUUCACUCCAAAGGAAUCAUACAUCAUGAUAUAAAACCCAGCAACAUCGUUUUCAUGUCAACUAAGGCUGUUUUGGUGGAUUUUGGUCUAAGUGUUCAAAUGACUGGAGACAUUUACUACCCCAAAGACCUCCGAGGAACAGAGAUUUACAUGAGCCCUGAAGUGAUACUUUGCAGAGGACACACAACGAAAGCAGACAUCUACAGCAUGGGGGCUACCAUUAUUCAUAUGCAGACUGGCAGCCCACCCUGGGUGAAUAGAUACCCUCGCUCAGCAUAUCCAUCCUACCUCUAUAUAAUCCACAAGCAAGCCCCCCCCCUAGAAGACAUUGCUGAGGACUGCAGCACCACAAUGAGGGAACUGCUACAAGCAGCUCUGGAAAGAAACCCAUAUCAUAGACUCUCUGCUGGAGACUUACUGAAACACGAGGCCUUGCACCCGCCCCCAGAGGAGCAACCACGGUGCCAGAGUCUGGACUCAGCCUUGUUUGAAAGGAAAAGGCUACUGACAAGGAAGGAGCUGGAGUUGCCAGAAAACAUUACAGAUUCUUCCUUGUGUACUGGGUGUACAGAAGAAUCAGAGCUGCUAAAGAGGCAGAGAUCACUCUACAUAGAUCUUGGAGCUCUCGCUGGCUACUUCAAUAUUGUUAGGGGACCACCAACAUUUGAAUAUGACUGACUUUAGCUAGUUCUCAUGCGUUUGGAUCAGAGUUGGGACCCUGUCUUUCAGAAGUUCAUUGUGUGUGUGUGUGAUAUGUGUGUGUAUAUGUGUGUGAGUGCAUAAUCUAUUUAAAAAAAAGAAAAAAAAAGAAGAAGCCUUUUUGGGGCUAUCAAAUGUGAACUGCUUUUAACUUCACAGUUAAGUAAGCUAAGCCCUUUGGGUUUUCUGGUAGAUGCAGCCCAAGCAAUAACAUUUUGUGUCCGAUUGCAAACCAAGACAAAGGGGAAAGAAUCAUAGAAAGUAUGGAUUGUAAGGGAUUUCAGGAGGUGAUCUAUUCCAACCCCCUGCUCAAAGGAGGACCACCCCCAACUAGAUCAUCCCAGCCAAAGUUUGUCCAGCUGGGUCUUGAAGAACAUCUUGUUGGGACUGUUGUUCUCUAGAAAUUAUCCUUAUGCUGUAUGUGCUUGGCACAUGUACUUUGAAAUGCAAGAAAAACAAACAAAAAACCCUUCCUUUCUGAUAUGCAAAAAAAGAAAAAUAUAUUUUUCUUGUUUGGUGCUUUUAAAUGUUAGGGUUGUGUCCUUCAGUCUUGCAAGGUUGUGCUUAAUGUAAAACCAGGUGUGAGAGACUUUAUGGACCACUCCUGGGAGAUUCUUCCACAAUCAACACUUCUCUCAGCUUUUGGUCAGUCUCGGCACAAAUCAAAAUAGCCUUUAGGCAGAUUUAAAUUGUGCCAGUGUCCGGUGAGCAAUGGAGCCAGGGAUAACUGGCUUAGGAAGAUGCCCUUUGCUAUGCUUCCUUUUCUUGGAAAUGCCAGCACUAAGGGAGAUAUAGGCAUUUUUGCACAGACUGUGCCCCCACCAUCCCUGCAAGGGUUCUCUGAGAGGGGACAAUCCUUCACUGGCUGCAUCCACGGGCUUUGAGGGAGUUUUGUGCUGGGAGAGUAAACCAAAUUUUCUGGCCUUGACUGUCCAUGUGACUCAAAUGUUACACAUGCUUGGGCUGUCAGUAAUGUCAGGAGAACUCCUGACUCCUACUGCUUUAAAACUAUACAUGUUUAAGUAACUUUACUACUGUGUAUUAGAAAACAUGUCAUUAGUGACACAUUCUGUUCCUAUGGAAACAGAAUUUUACUAUUCUCACUAUGGCUAAUACAUUUAAAACACAAUGUUUUGGAUGGUAGUAAAACUAUGUAACUCGCAUAGUUCUGUACAUCCCAUGGGAUGAGAAUGUAAACUUUUAUAAACUCUUUAGUGCUUAGGAUCAUUUUCUUGUAAGCAUUUCUGUUAAGAUGGCAUACCGUGUAUGUUGGACAUCGAACCCUUUGGGACACAAGGCCUCGUUAUUAGAAGUCAAUUAUUUAAGACUGCUUCUAUCAAACGUGAUCUUUAAUCGAUUAUUUCCAGUUUGAUACUGAUAUAAUCAGAUGAAUAAAUCCAGUUUGUUGUGUCCU